AUGGCAUCUUCCUCCCAUAACACUUUUGAGGGAGUAGAUGAUGAUAGUUUUGAUCAAUAUUUUGAUCAAUAUCAUGAUCAACAUUUUGAUCAAUCUUUCGAGAAUUUGACCACUGCUUCGGGUGAUCAAGGAGAAGAAAGGAAAAGAAGGAAAAAACGAAUUCAUAUUGAAAGAAAUCGUGAAGAAGGCAAUGUCCGUUUAUGGAACGAUUAUUUCAGUGAAACUCCAACUUAUCCUGAUAAUCUUUUCCGACGACGAUUUAGAAUGAACAUGCCAUUGUUCAUGCGUAUCGUUCUUCGACUCUCAAAUGAAGUUGAUUUCUUUCGACAAAGGAAAGAUGCUCUCGGAAGGGCUAGUCUCUCUCCCCUUCAAAAGUGUACCGCGGCCAUUCGUCUCUUGGCAUAUGGUAGUGCGGCUGAUACAGUUGACGAAUAUCUCCGACUCGGUGAAACUACUACUCGGUCAUGUUUGGAACAUUUUGUGGAAUGA